CACAGUCUACAACUACAACAAUAACAACAAUUUAUUUACUUCCGCUUUCUGACCUCAGGGUAACUUUGGCGAAAUAUGUCAUUAAUCUAUAGAAACGUCAUCAGAAUUGCAGAUAAAUUUGUUCCAGCAAGUUUACAGUCAACAUGGAACCACCCAGCAGGACCAAAAACGAUAUUCUUUUGGGCUCCCACAAUGAAAUGGUGUCUCGUAAUAGCUGGUAUAGGUGAUAUGGCUAGACCUGCAGAAAAACUCAGUUUAACACAGUCCACUGCCUUAGCUGCAACAGGUAUAAUUUGGUCCCGCUAUUCCCUUGUGAUAACUCCAAAGAACUACAAUCUUUUCUGUGUAAACCUCUUUGUGGCUGCUACAGGGUUAUAUCAGCUGGGUAGAAUAUACAAUUAUCGGAAGAAGGUGUAGAUAUCACCAACAGUUAAAGGAAGUAGAGGCACACCACCAUCACUCAUCAUAAUGUGACAAGCUGCGGAAAUAAUCAGUUGUGAUCUUUUAUUUAAUAUAUCAACCUUCAAACAGCAGAAUAAAAACUAUCAUAUGAUGUUAGACCAGUUAAUUUUCUUCUAAAGCAGUAGCAGUUUAUUUUGAUUUGAAUUGAGAAAGAAGAUAUUCUUUUACUUUGUGCUGUGAAUUGCAAUUAAAUUUUUUGAACAAGCAAUAGCAUAUUAGCAAUUUCUGGUCAAAUUUCCACUUAUCACACCUAAAGAAGAAUAUAUAGCCAAAGUAUUUCCUUUUUAAAAAAUUUCUGCCUCUGACUAUCACCAUCUCAGAUUGACUGUAUGAAUUACCAGUAACCAUCAACUUCGGUAUUGAUAAGGUUGUUUUUUUUUUAAUUUGGUUUUUCUCUAUCUGCAGAAGUAAUUUUUUAUGAACAUUAUUGAUCUUUCUGUAUAUCCGACUAAGUAUUUAUGGUUUAAAAAUUCUAAAGAUAACAAUUAUAACAGUAAUAUUAUUAAACAGAAUUACUAAAUAUAAAAAUGUACUAAAAAUAAAUACUCAAGAUUUGAAAUGUAAGAAGAUAUUGUGGGAAGUAUAGUUAUUUCAUUACUAGGGAGUGAGUGAAGGAUUCUGAAAUAUUUUAGAAUGUAUAAAUUUAGCUGUAACAGGAUUUGUAUUUUAAUUGUAAUAGAAAGACAGCCAAGUUUGCACAGACUGUACUUUGUGGUGAGGACUGUUCAGUUUGCACAGUCUGUAUAUAUUACAUUUUUCUGUGAUGCCAUACUUUUUAUUUUUUGAAUAUUUAAAUGCUCAGUAAUUAUAUUUGAAAUUUGAGCGGCCAUCUAAAGAUAACUUUUUCAUCUUCAAUCCUUUUUUA